AACUCUUACAAACAUCUUAUUGGAAAAACUUCAGCCAAACUACUUCUUACCUUUAGUACUAUGAAAUGUUGUUUAUGGAGUGAUUAAAUCUGCUGCAAGUUUUUAUUAUCAACGUCGAUUAUAAAUUAACCAACUGAAUCAUAUUUUAAAAAAUGGAGAAGUCACGAUUCAAAUUAUUACUUAGGAAAUAUUGGUUUUUGUUGGGAAUUCUGGGUGCAAUCUUUUUGGCUGAACUAGUGCCUUCUUUGGGAGCUACAGGAGGACCUCUCAAGCCAGAAUGGACAGUAAAAUAUGUUGCUGUGAGCCUAAUAUUUUUUCUCAGUGGUAUGUCACUGAGUUUUUCUGAGAUGAAAGCAACAACCAGUCGCAUCAAAGUUCACUUUUAUAUUCAAGCAUUUACAUUUCUAUUUAUACCUCUACUCAUAAUGACUAUAAACGUUUUUCUUAGAAAUGUGUUUGCUAUCAAUGAGUGGAUUCUAAAAGGAUUAGCAACUGUUAGCUGUAUGCCUCCACCAGUUUCUUCGGCGGUUAUUUUAACCAGAGCUGUGGGAGGAAAUGAAGCAGUGGCAGUUUUUAAUUCGGUUAUUGGCAGUUUGAUCGGAUUAUUUUUCACUCCAUUAGUACUUUUGCUGAUGCUGGGGAAAACAGCGGUUGUAUCGACAUUGAGCUCAAUUUAUAUCCUUUGUCAAACAGUCUUGUUGCCACUCCUGGUAGGACAGACACUGCGUUCAACAGGACUUCUCAAGUAUGGAGUUCAUCAGUUGCCGCUGUCUUCAAUCGGUCAGAUGGCGUUAUUAUUUAUAAUUUUCACAACAUUCUGUGACGCAUUCCGUACUCACGACAUUCCUAUGAACGCUGCCGAUAUUCUAAUUACUGUGUUCCUUGUUGUGCUAAUUCAAAUGAUCUUUUUAUACAUCAGUUUUGAACUAUCCAACUAUUUUAGCAACACUUUUGCACCCUCUGAUGUAGUUGCAAUCACAUUCUGUUCCACUCACAAAUCCCUCACACUUGGUAUUCCUAUUCUACGAAUUCUCUUCUCAGGAUAUGCACACUUCUCUCAAAUUACUCUGCCAUUUCUUAUCUACCAUCCCACUCAAAUAAUAUUAGGUGGUUUACUAGUACCAUACUUGAAGAGAUGGAUAAAUUCGACUCGAAGUAGAUCAAAAUUAUUGCCAUAGAAUGAAGAGAUUUUUUAAGCUGAGAAUGGAAGAGAAUUACUUCUCUCUUUCAACGAACCAACAGGACUCUAAUCUAUAUUCAAGUUUACUCAUUUUCCUAUAAAUUGCUCGAAUUUUCAUAACAAUGCUUUUGUACAGAUUUUAUGUUACCAAUCUGAUUGUGAUUUUGAUAUUUCCACGAAAGACAUCAAUUCAAUUUUGUAAUAUUGUAAGAUUUGUGAAAUAUAAAAACUAUAGAAAACA